UACGUGCGUCUGCAUUAUGAUACUAGUCCGGAGGUUGUACUCCAAUUACUGUUACACGAGUGGCGUAUUGGUGUACCCAAUCUGGUAAUCUCUACUCUGGGUGGACUGGCCAAUGCACCACUACAAAGCAAGCUAAAACGUGUUGUGCAGAGUGGCCUACUUCGCGCGGCUAAAACAAUCGGAGCAUGGGUCAUUACAAACGGGUUAGAUAUUGGCGUGACCAGACACAUUGGUGAUGCCCUAGGUGAUGAAGUACACGUACGUGGCUCAAACAUUGUGGCUUUGGGCAUAGCCCCCUGGGGCUACGUUCAGCAUCGUGAAACCCUAAUGGGUUUGGAUCAUACGUGUGCCUACUAUUCUCAAGGCUGGAAGCCAGGGCGCCAGGAAGCUCCGUUGCAUUCACAUCACAAUUACUUUCUAUUGGCGGACAAUGGUACGACUGGGAAGUUUGGCGGUGAACUCUGUCUCCGUCGUCGUUUGGAACAAUAUCUGGCUCAACAACCCAUUGAUAUGCGUAGAUACGGUGGGUCCAAAUCUCGUGUUCCCAUUGUUGGUGUGCUUUUGGAGGGCGGUGCCCAAACCUUCAGAACCGUAUUCGAGCUGGUUACGGGACGCAACCCUGUCCCCGUGGUCGUUUGCGAUGGGAGUGGACGAGCUGCCGAUUUGCUUGCAUUUAUGCAUCGCUAUGCAAACGAGGACGGGGAUUUGCCUGGGCCGCUGAAAGAGCAAAUGAUCGGGACAAUUGGUCGCACAUUUCAAUUACGCCGUGGCGAUUCUGAGGGUCUAUAUAGCGAAUUACGUUUGUGCAUGAAACGUCGACGUCUAAUCAGUGUGUUCCGUAUGGGCGAGGGGGAUAGUGAUGAGAUUGAUAUCACUAUUUUGACUGCGCUUCUCCAAGUGUCCAGUCAGAAGUUGACACCAGCUGAACAAUUAUCAUUAACUAUGGCAUGGGAUAGGCCGGAUAUUGCACGCACCAAGGUGUUCACCUCGUUCAACCAAUGGUCGACUACCACUUUGGAAAAUGCCAUGGCCGAUGCCCUGUUGAAUGAUCGGUUAAAUUUUGUUCGUCUGCUGUUAGCUAAGGGAUUGGAUAUUCAAAGCUUUCUAACCGUGGGCCGAUUGGAAGAUUUGUACAUUGCAGCGAGCGAUGCAAACAAUCAGUCAUUUCAUAAACUGUUUGCCAAAGUGAUGGGUCCCCGUCAACGUAUUACGCUUCGCGCCAUUGGUCAGUUGAUCGAGGACCUAAUCGGAGGUGGCUAUCAGCACACGUAUUGUGACAAAACUGGCAGUGGUCAACUCCCCUCACCGGAGCACUGUUUACCAACCUUGAAUGCACAUCUAUAUUCUUCCGAUCCUCACUUGUCCCCUUUCACAAUCGUACGACAACAGGCCGCUACUGCACUCCAGGAGGAGAAGGUUGCCUAUCCCUAUCCAAAUAAGUCGGUAACCUACACCAAUUUGGAGCACGCGAUGGCUGCAGUCACGGGAUUCCAGGUUGCGUUGGCGCACUGGCAUCCACCGACCACAUCGACGCAAUUCAAUUCUCAAACUCAAAAUGAAUGCAAACCAUCGGCCAGACCAUCUGAAAUCUUUAUUGGCCGAAACGGAAUCCCACAAUCGAACCGAUCUUCCCGCUUUCGUUACCCCUAUACUGAACUACUUCAGUGGGCUCUACUAACGCGACGUUACGAAAUGGCUCGAUUUAUGGUGUUAGCUGGUGAGGAGUCCAUAGCCAAGGCCUUAUUCUCUGUGAAACUUCUCCGUUCCAUUCGUCACUCCACCGUGGAUGAUGAUUCCGAACCUGACCUAGCUCAACAAUUCCGGGAUCAAGAAAGUGCUUUUGAGCGACUUGCAGUCGAAUUACAAGAUCAUUGCUAUCGUCAUGAUCCGGACCAAGCCAAACGAUUGUUGACUUACGAAUUACACGCGUUUUCCGAUAACACCUGUCUGAGUUUGGCCUACAUGUGCGAAUCCAAGGAGUUUAUUGGUCACGCUUGCACACAAUCCAUAUUAAAUGAUUUGUGGUACGGCGGUCUUCGACAGGGUAAAAUGGUUGGAGCCAAAGUGGCCCUAAUCCUGAUCGGUUUAGCGUUUCCACCGAUCUACCCCCUGAUUGUCUAUUGCUUUUCCACCCGGAGCAAAUUUAUUGAAUUUAAAACCAAAGAGGAAUUGGCUCAACAGCCUCAGACAUUGCAGGAACAUUUGGAUGAUUUAGAGUCUUCCUCGUCAACAUCGUCGUCAGCGUCAUCCUCUUCCUCGUCAUCUUCCUCCCGGUCCCACUCACCAUCAUCCGCUGGCGCAUCUGGCCACUCUUCACGGGGUUCCAGUCGACGCUCGUCCCAAGCCGUCAAUGCUCCUAUUACUACUAAUACUGCUUCCCGUGCUGACACUGCACCAACCAACCCGAGUCCAUCUAAUGUGAAAUCUCAAACGCGACCGGUUAUGGGUGCCUUGGGAGAUCAACCCACUGUGGUUGGUCAAGCAGAACCUGCUUUCCCGACUACCCCUCAAGGCAGUCUUCACUCUGCAGCCUUUCCUAUGCAAGAACUAAGCGAUACUAAUCGCAGGGGGCAUCAUCGCCGGCGUAAACCGGUUGUACCUAAAUGCGCUCGUUUUCGCAACAGUCAUGUGCAACGAAACAGUUUAACCCCAAUCGAAACCGAGGAUCUUGGAGUUACUGCCUCUCAACCACCAGUGGAUGGUCUUUUGACUGUUCCGGCCGUUCCACCGACUCGACAUCGAAGACGAAGAAGGGUGAGUCAGACUUGUGGCCGAAACAAUUUGGGAGCGUUUUGUUUUUAG